CUUCCAGGAAGAGGCGCGGGCGCUGAAGGCGCCUGGCCAGGGACUGUAGGCGGUACCGUCCGAUGAGACGAAUCACAUGACUCACACUGACCACGCCCACCUCCAAUGGGCGGGGCGCAUGCAAAUUAUCCCAGGCGGCGGCCAAUCGUGUCGCUCGCCGAGGGUCCGGGCCCGGGGAUCCGGGACGCUUGCUUGAGCGCAGGCUCUCGACUCUGCUGCCCCGGGCUUUUGCAAGGCACCGGGGCCCUCUAACUUUGUGCUGUAGUCGCUUCUUCGAGCUAUUUGUUUUUGGCGGCCAGCCGGCUGAGGCCGGACCCGCGCUGGGGCCAGGCGGCGGCUUCCUCAAGCGGAGGCGGAGGUGCGGCGCGGGGUGGGGGCCACUGCCCUAGCAGGCGCCCGGGCCGGCCCGCGCCUUUGCAGCGUGCUCCAUGCAUCCGGAGCCCGCCCCGCCCCCGAGCAGCAACAGCCCCGAGCUUCCCCUCAGCGGCGGCAACAGCACCAGCGGCAGCCGCCGGAGCCGCCGCCGCAGCGGGGACGGGGAGCCCCCGGGGUCGCCGCCGCCGCCGCCGCCCCCGCCGCCGCCCGCCGUCACCUACCCGGACUGGAUCGGCCAAAGUUACUCCGAGGUGAUGAGCCUCAACGAGCACUCGAUGCAGGCGCUGUCCUGGCGCAAACUCUACUUGAGCCGCGCCAAGCUCAAAGCCUCCAGCCGGACUUCGGCUCUGCUCUCCGGCUUCGCCAUGGUGGCAAUGGUGGAGGUACAACUGGACGCUGAGCACGACUACCCUCCGGGGCUGCUCAUCGCCUUCAGCGCCUGCACCACGGUGCUGGUGGCUGUGCACCUGUUUGCGCUCAUGAUCAGCACCUGCAUCCUGCCCAACAUCGAGGCCGUGAGCAACGUGCACAACCUCAACUCGGUCAAGGAGUCGCCUCACGAGCGCAUGCACCGCCACAUCGAGCUGGCCUGGGCCUUCUCCACCGUCAUCGGCACGCUGCUCUUCCUGGCCGAGGUCGUGCUGCUCUGCUGGGUCAAGUUCUUGCCCCUCAAGAAGCAGCCAGACCAGUUGCAGCCCACCAGCAAACCCCCAGCCGGCGAGGCAGCUGCCAACGUCAGCAGCACCGGCGGCAUCACCCCAGGCCAGGCCGCCGCCAUCGCCUCCACCACCAUCAUGGUCCCCUUUGGCCUGAUCUUUAUCGUCUUUGCCGUCCACUUCUACCGCUCACUGGUCAGCCAUAAGACGGACCGACAGUUCCAGGAACUCAACGAACUGGCCGAGUUUGCCCGCCUGCAGGACCAGCUAGACCACAGAGGGGACCACCCCCUGACCCCGGGUAGCCACUAUGCCUAAGCCUCCCUGGGCUGGGCAUUUCAGAGCUUUGGCCUUAUGCCCUUCCCCACGACCUUGUCCUGCCCCAGCCUCAAGGACAGCGUGUGCAGGGGGCUGGGCUUUCGUCAGGGGCGGGGGGCAGAAAGUGGAGGAAAGAGGCUUUUUUUUUUUUAAAGAGAAGUUACUGCACUUUGAAACUUUCCUCUAAGAGAAUAAGCACUUCCUGUUCUUCCAGCUCCAGGGUCACCUCCUGCUCAGAGGCCACCACCGGGAGCCAGAGUGGGGACAAACGCUCCCUUUGUCCCUCCUCCUCCCCCGAGCAGGUACCACCUGGAUGCCUCCUGUUCUUUCCGUCUUGCCCUCCCCCCCGUUCAGCGUCGGUUGUGUGCGUGUGCGCGUGUGUGAACACAGAAAUAUACUCAUAAGGGACACCUC